GUCCUUCUGGGGGCGUGGUCACGUCUCUGACGCAACAGUUACGCUCCAAUGCCUAGAUUUGAGCGUGACUGUAGCGAGGAUAGCGGAUCCAGGUGAAUUCAGAGGGUUCUACCGGAAAGGAGGCGCCCGCCCGCGGAGCUCAGAGGAGGAGAGCGGCGGGAGGAGCGAGGAGUGACCGCGGGAGGAGGAGCCGCCGUCACGGCAGGGAGAGGAGCCGCCGCCGCCGCUGCCGUCCGCGGAGACGUUUCUCCAUCCAUGGCUGCCUGCAGGUGACCCACAGCUGACGGAUCUGCUGAAUUAUUGAGCAUCAGUCGGGCUGAGGCAGGAGCAGGAGGAGAGGAUGCGUGGGGGGGCCCAGCUCUGCGGGGAGCCGUGAGUCAGCAGGAAGCAGAAAAGAGCAGUGGGAGGGCGGACGCGGCCAGUUUGCACGCAGCUUCAGGUGAUACGGCGGCAGCAUCGCCGUCAAACGCGCCCCCUCCUCCCUGCCCGUUUGCGUGGAAGGCGUGUGCGCGCGGCAUCGAUUGAACGCAGAAGGUCAUGGAGCCGGCAGAGGAUUAACGGCUUGCGCUCGGAUCCCCGAGAAAGGACCGCCGCCGACGCCUCCCCGGAAACGCUUCAGAUCAGGACAGCGGCGAGGAGCGAGGACAGCGGGGGCCGUUCAGGAUGGGGGAGAGCUACAUGUACCAGCGCCUCCCCUACGGCAGAGGAGAGGGGGAGGGGGACGAGGAAGAGGAGAGGAGCAGGAGUGUCGGGGGGAAAAUGAUGCAGUGUGAGGAGGGCACCGAGUGGCUCCUGGAGCUGCUGACCGACGUGCAGCUGCAGCAGUACUUCCUGCGGAUCCGCGACGAGCUCAACGUCACGCGGCUCUCGCACUUCGACUACGUGAAGAACGAGGAUCUGGAGAAGAUCGGCAUGGGCCGUCCCGGUCAGAGGAGGCUGUGGGAGGCGGUGAAGAGGAGGAGAGCGCUUUACAAACGCAAAUCCUGGAUGAGUAAGGUUUUCCCGGUGAAGCGGGACUCCGACUCCCAGCAGACCUUCCCGGCGGCGGCGGCGUCCUCGGCGGGUGCGGCUGGCAGCGAGCCGGGAGCCUCGCUCACCUGCCUGAUCCGAGAGCCGGAGCUGCAGCUGUUCGAGCGCCUCGGGGACGGCACGUUCGGGGUGGUGCGGCGAGGGGAGUGGACGGCGCCCAACGGGAGAGUGCUGUCGGUGGCCGUGAAGUGUCUGAAGACCGGCGUUCUGGACUCGGACGGUCUGGACGAUUUCAUCAGGGAGGUGAACGCCAUGCACUCGCUGAACCACCAGAACCUGAUCCGGCUGUACGGGAUCGUCCUGACGCAGCCCAUGAAGAUGGUGACGGAGCUGGCUCCUCUGGGCUCGCUGCUGGACCGCCUCCGGAAGCGCCAGGGCCACAUCCUCAUCCUGCUGCUGUGUAACUACGCCGUGCAGGUAGCCUGUGGGAUGGCGUACCUGGAGCAAAGGCGGUUCCUCCACAGAGACCUGGCGGCCCGCAACGUGCUGCUGUCCAGCAACGAGACCGUGAAGAUCGGAGACUUUGGCCUGAUGAGGGCGCUGCCUUCACACACGGACCACUACAUCAUGGAGGAAGGCCACAAGAUCCCGUUUCCAUGGUGUGCUCCGGAGUCCCUGAAGUCCCGCUCCUUCUCCCACGCCUCCGACACCUGGAUGUUUGGGGUCACGCUGUGGGAGAUGUUCUCCCACGGGCGGGAGCCGUGGCUCGGCCUGAACGGAAGCCAGAUCCUGCAUAAGGUGGACGUGGAGGCUGAGAGACUCUGCAAACCCGACGACUGUCCUCAGGACGUUUACAACGUCAUGCUGCAGUGCUGGAGCCCCACCCCUGAAGACCGGCCCACCUUCAUCGCCCUCAGAGACUUCCUGCUGGAGACGAUGCCCACCGACAUGCGAGCUCUGCAGGACUUUGAGGAGGAGGACAAACUCCAGAUCAAGAUGAACGAUGUCAUCACCAUCAUCGAGGGAAGGGCGGAGCAUUACUGGUGGCGAGGUCAGAACAGGAGGACGCUGCGGAUCGGCCAGUUCCCUCGCCAGGUCGUCACGUCGGUGGCGGGUCUCUCCGCUCAGGACAUCAGCCGACCCCUCAAACACUCCUUCAUCCACACCGGCCACGGAGACACGGACCCCAACCGGAGCUGGGGGCACGCCGACCGCAUCGACAGUCUGUACUUGGGGAAUCCCAUGGAUCCUCCGGACGUUCUGGGAUUUGAUUCUGGCCGUUCGAGACCAACCAAACUUCCAAACCGAGCAAAGAAGCAGCCCCCUCCUCGACCCCCCCAGCCUGCCAUCCUGCUAAAAAAGCCCUUCUACGACUCGGUGAUGGACGACUACGAAGAGGAGGACGACGCCGGAGCUUCAUCGGGGCUGAAGAAGCUGAGCGCUUCUCUGGGUCUGAAGCUGCGCCCGUGGGAGGGCGGCGGCGGUGGCGUGCGCUCGGCCAAAAGUGAGGUGUCGCUAAUCGACUUCACCGACGACAGCUUCAGCUCCACCACGCCCUCCCCGCUCACGGAGUGCCGCCCCCUGGACGACGACACGCUGAAGGACACGCCCUCCAUCCUGGACUGGCCUCUUCCUCAGCCGACCUACGACGAGGUGGCGGUGGAGCACGACGAGCCGUCCGAGGACCAGGAGGUGCUGUCCAUCAACAGGAGGGUGAACGAGGAGGCCAAGGAGGCGCAGGGCUCCAGCAUGCCAGGCCGGAGCGAGUCCCAGUCGGCCGACCUGUUCAAGGAGCUGCAGAGGGAGGUGAUGGUGAAGCUCCAGCUCCUGUCCGCCAGCCCCCCCUCUGCCUCCUCCUCCACCUACCAAACGGUGCCGCAGUCCUACUCCUCCACCUCCUUAUUGGACCCGCUCUCCUUCAGGGAGGGGCGUGGCCUUUCAUCGUUGAUGGACAGCUCACAAAGCCCCGCCCCAAUCCCACUUCCAGAGAGACCGGCUUUUCUGGAGAGAUACGGUGCGGCCAACAUGGCGGCAGUCAAGCCCAUGAUGCAGCAGCAGCCGGGCGGAGCCAAGCCAAACUCCUCCUACAACAACAACAAUGGAGGCGCUGCAGCUCCCAGCAUGCAACAGGAGCAGAGCAUCUCACAGGUCCAAGGAGCCGUGCACGGCGUCACCACCGAGGAGUGUCGCGCUGCUCUCCUGAGCCACGGGUGGAGCGUCCAGCCGGCCAUCAACUAUCUAAAGGUGGAGCAACUGUUCCGCCUGGGGCUGCGUUCCAGAGCGCAGUGCGAGGAGCUGCUGCAGAGCUGCCAGUGGAGCCUGGAGCGGGCCGGCGCCGCCAUGCUGGACGCCUGCGACCGGAAGACGCGGUGAACGCCGUCCAGCCGCCCGCUGACUCACGCACCUCGCCUUCCGCGCUGCUGAACCCGCUUGUUCCGCCUGCGUCACGCGCACGCUCCGCGCUCGCCAACAGAGCUGCUCGUCCACGAUGCUGAAGAUCUGCUGGAGCUCAGAAAAUAUUUAUGUUCCGUUUAUGUCUUAAAGGUUUAAAAUGUUUGAGAUCUUUUUCUGGUGACAGCUGGGUCCAAACAGGGUAUAUUUAUUGCAUUUUCAGACGUCGUUAUUGUGAAUCUGCUGUAUUAAUCUCAGCGACGAGCUUCAUUGGAUGCACGAGCUCCAUCCAUCCGUUAGCAACUCCACGCCAACUUCACCAACGGACUGAUGGGAGGAGCAUCUACGGCGUCCUUCAUUCCACGCUCGGCUCCAAUUCUGCUGCUUUGACUGUUUUAGGAGAAACAAAUGCAAAUGUUCUGGUUCUUAAUAAAAGAAUUUGUCUUUUUUUUAAA